GACUAAUGGGCAGACACCAUCCGGGUAUCACACGCCACAGCAAUCGCUGAUAACAACAGGCAGAACACCGGGUACAUUGAGCAUAUAAGUAUCAAAGAUCACAAAGUGUUAGUGAAGAGGGAGAAACGACACAAAGUUUAACACCCAGAUUGAUUACAUUACAGCACUAUGGGGAUAUGUGAAGGAUUCGCCAGGUUCAUUUUUGUGGCCUUUAAUGUCAUAUUUGUGUUGUUCGGUAUUGGAGUUCUUGGGGCCGGAAUCUGGGUGAAAGCAGACCCACAGUUGUUGAACGUCCAGAAGCUGAUAGAGUUGGACGCCAGUGACAAGUUCCUGUCCACUGCUGGGUGGAUCCUUAUCAUAUUCGGAGUGUUGGUACUGGCCAUAGGGGUAUUUGGCUGUGUCGGAGGGAUUAAGAAGAACAAAUGCUUCCUCGGGAUUUAUAUAGGACUUGUCACUAUCAUUUUUAUUGGCGAACUUUCGGGAGGUAUAUUGGCAGCCGUCUUCAAAGGCAAGAUUUCUGAUGAAUUGGAUGAUGCUCUUACCGGCACAUUGAAGACCUACAAACCCAAAAACGCAAACGACAUAGUCACCAAAACAUGGGACGAAGUACAGAAACUGUUUUCCUGUUGUGGUAUACAAAAUUAUGCGGAUUACGCCAAGAACAACGUCACUUUCUCUGGAACCCAGCUUGUGCCAAAUUCGUGUUGUAACCCAGCAACCAAUGAUACCAUCUGCCAAACCGAGGCUGCACAAACACCAGGGAAAAAGGGUGCUACUUACACCUCCCUAUACAACCAGGGAUGCUACCCGAAAUUUAAUGAUCUGCUGUCCAGUCAUCUUACAUUAAUCAUAGGCCUGGCUAUCGCAAUCGCAAUGUUUCCGUUGUUUGGAAUUUGUUUGGCUUGUGUCACGUGCAAAGACGGGUCAGUUGAACAUAUGGCUUAGGAAGGAACAGCUCAAAAUAGAACAAUAACCAACAUGUGUUUGAGUGCCUUCUCGUGGUCUCUCGCGAGGGAUGGAGGGCGAGGACUUUAAAACACCGUCACCCUGGAGCGUGAUAUAUAAAAAGGACAAUAUUAAAAUACACUUGUUGUGUUGAUAUCAAUAGAUUUGCUUGUGUGAUAAAAACGUAAAUGAAAACCGUUUAUAGAGGAGCAUGCUCCCAAAAUGCACUGUGAUACUUUUCACAUUUUAUUUGUCCGAAAAUUUGCAGUAUGAACUCUGAUCGAGCAAACCAGAUGUGUAGUGGGGUGAAUGACUCGUAAUCUCUUGGCUGUGUCGGAAGCCUCGGCAAAAUUUGAUUAAGAAUUAUAAUAUAAUAUUUCUGUCUUUCGCUAGUAACGCCAAUCACAUCCUCGACAUCCAGAGCGUAAGUGUUACCCCUGGAUAUCGAAGAUGCGCCAUUCGUUAAUCAAAUCGUAUAUGAAGUGUUUACAAACGUGCUUUAGUAUUUAUUCCUUUCUGUGAAGAUACAAACGUAUAUGGAGCAUAACCGCAAAGUGGUUUACUGUGUCUAAUUCUUCAACGAUCACUCAUGUUUACAGCUGUAUGAUGCUGUGAAAUUUAGUUUUGGCAUACUGUGUGGGUGUGUGUGUUACGUUCAUCUUUCAAAUACAGUACUUGUAUCAUUUUCAUUAUUGAAUAUCGUUGAAACAUUGGCGAACAUGAAAGACAAUAUUACUGUUUCCUAGUUUAGUUUUCUCCACAUCAGCACUUGACCACGAAUCAAGUAACGAAAAACGAGAAGGCGGCAUUGUUUAAUUUAAACGUAUUCCCUAUUGUUAUUGGUGUUAAUGUUUUAUUGGCAUUACCGCACCCGUAUUUGUUAAUGACGAUAUUUUAAAAUUGGAAACAAAUACAGUGAUAUCGUGUCUGUACCGUCAAAUGUACCCACCUGUGUUUAUAAGUGUUAUAUAUGUUCCCGCCAUGAGUCAUCAGUGGUGGUCACCACCACUUGUCACUGCUGAUGGUCAUCACUAGUGGUCAUCAUCAGUGGUCUUCACUUCCGGUAACUACUCGGGUCAUCACUACUGGUCAUUGCUGGUGGUCAUCAUUAACGUCAUCAUUAGUGGUCAUCGUUAGUGGUCAUCACCACUGGUCACUACUGGUGCUCAUCAUUAGUGGUCAUCACUAGUGGUCAUCACCACUGGUCACUACCGGUGGUCGUCACUAACGUCCUAACUACUGAUGUAUCUAUGAUUGUACUGUGUACAUAUUGUAGACUUUAUGAUAAUAUGUGUUAUUUCAUUUAAAUAAAUCCCAUCUUUAAACUU